CCCCCUUCCCCCACCCUUCCCUUCAAGCCGGGCUGGGGUGGGGGGAGGGGCCGGACUGAGGCGGCGGCGGCGGCUCGCUCCGGGAGGGCAGAGCCGGCAAGGGCGGGACUGGCCCGCUGCGGACAGACGAGGGAGCCGCGGAGCUAACGGGUCCGGACGCCGCCAGCGGCGGCGGCUUUCUGCACGGGCGGAGGCGGCGGCAGGAGCGGCGAGCAUGGCCCGCGCUGCGCCCGGCGCUGAUUGAGGGUCAUGCUGCGGCAGCUUGGCGCCUGACGAGAGCGAGGGGGAACCUGCCAGGGGAUUACUGCUAGCGAGAGCUAACAGCAGGACAGCAGGCCUCAGGGGAGUGGGGAUGGGCAGAGCAGCCUGUGAGGCUGGGCCAGCAGCACCAAGGAGGCCUGGGCCCUGGCAGGGAGCUCGGCACACGCUCAGCUGACCCAGACGGCAUUCACAGCAGAUCCCCACUGAGCAGCAGCUGUCCCCAGGCCCUGGAGGACCUCUCAGCAGGAGCAGGAGCUCCGUGAGCCCCUCUUCGACCACAGUUGGGGCUGUGACCAUUGGGAGAAGGGAGCAGCGCCUUGAAUGGGAAGCGGAAGGGCAGAACCUAAUGCAAGGAGGAUUUUGGUCUCUGCAGGAGAGUUUUCUGACACCCACAGAGCUUCCUGGGUUUCUUCUCUCAAGACUGGGGCAUCGUUCCCUCCCCUGGUGAAGGGUUUGGCCCAGGAGGGCCAGUUGAGGCGGGGACAACUCUUGGAUGGAAUCCAGACCACUUGAAGCUCAUGUGCUCUCUGCUGUGAUUGAGGUUCAAAGGCUUCCCCACUGCAGGGGACGAGGGGCCGCCUCCGUGUCUGCUCAUGAACCACAAGGACUCCGAAUGCUCCAGACUGGACCGUUUCGAGCCACCAAAGAGGGGGGCCCCCGGAGCUGGCAGCCAGCAACCCCAAGGGACUAGAGGGCUGGGAUGGACUGACCUGCCCCUCACCAGGGCAGUGGGAGAAUCAGAGCCUCUGUGGCCCAGCUAGUGACAGAGAGACCUGAUGAAGCCAUAAGCAGGGGCCCGAGUGGCCCAGGGACAGGGGAGCCACUCCUGCCUACGUGCUUUCUCCUUGCCUAGAGGGAGGGUGUGGUGAGGGACCCCUGCCUCUGUCCCCUCCUCAGCACGUGCCCCUAUGCCCUUUGCACGUGGUGCCAGAAGAGGCAGGCUACGCUGUGGCUGGCCCAUCAGUGGGCUGGGAAAGGAGUGGCCACGGUGACACCCCACUGCCCACCAGGCUGGUGGUCUGGCCCCCCGGGGCGCCAAACCAUGAAGUGCUCCCUGCGGGUGUGGUUCCUCUCUGUGGCCUUCCUGCUGGUGUUCAUCAUGUCACUGCUCUUCACCUACUCCCACCACAGCAUGGCCACCUUGCCCUACCUGGACUCGGGGACCCUGGGUGGGACCCACCGGGUGAAGCUGGUGCCUGGCUAUGCUGGCCUGCAGCGCCUCAGCAAGGAGGGGCUCCCCGGCAAGAGCUGUGCCUGCCGCCGCUGCAUGGGUGACACUGGAGCCUCUGACUGGUUCGAUAGCCACUUCAACAGCAACAUUUCCCCUGUGUGGACCCGAGAGAAUAUGGAUCUGCCUCCAGAUGUCCAGAGGUGGUGGAUGAUGCUGCAGCCCCAGUUCAAGUCACACAAUACCAACGAGGUACUGGAGAAGCUGUUCCAGAUAGUGCCAGGCGAGAACCCCUACCGCUUCCGGGACCCCCACCAGUGCCGGCGCUGUGCCGUGGUGGGCAACUCAGGCAACCUGCGGGGCUCUGGCUACGGUCCGGAUGUGGAUGGGCACAACUUCAUCAUGAGGAUGAAUCAGGCGCCAACCGUGGGCUUUGAGCAGGAUGUUGGCAGCCGAACCACUCAUCAUUUCAUGUACCCCGAGAGUGCCAAGAACCUGCCCGCCAAUGUCAGCUUUGUGUUGGUGCCCUUCAAAGCCCUGGACCUCCUCUGGAUUGCCAGCGCUUUGUCCACGGGGCAGAUCCGAUUCACCUAUGCACCAGUGAAGUCUUUCCUUCGAGUGGACAAAGAAAAGGUUCAGAUCUACAACCCAGCCUUCUUCAAGUAUAUCCACGACCGGUGGACAGAGCAUCACGGGCGGUACCCUUCUACAGGGAUGCUGGUGCUCUUCUUUGCCCUGCAUGUGUGUGAUGAGGUGAACGUGUACGGGUUCGGGGCCGACAGCCGGGGCAACUGGCACCACUACUGGGAGAAUAACCGGUACGCGGGCGAGUUCCGGAAGACGGGGGUGCACGACGCCGACUUCGAGGCCCAUAUCAUCGACAUGCUGGCCAAGGCCAGCAAGAUCGAGGUCUACCGAGGAAAUUGAACCCGCGACCCUUCCGGGCCAGGCGCGAACCUCGGGCGCUGGCUCCUAGCCGGGACUCCAGGCCAGCCGGAGGGCGGUGGCCUCGGCGUGGGCACGGCGCCCCAUUGGGCGUUUCCAGGCCCUAGGAGCGACGUCAGGGCGCGGUCUGGACUAAUCAUGCUGCAAGUCCAGCGAGCGCUGGCUGUCCCUCGCCAAUCAUGAGACUGGGGACUAGCCGGCCAGGCACCAAUCAGCGCUGCAGUCGAAGCGGAGGAUUUUUUUUUUUUUUUUUUUUUCUCCCAGCCAAUCAUGCGACUCAAGGAGAACUGCCGGCCCUGGGCCCGUCUCUUCCAAUCAAUGGCCUUCGGAGGCGGGCCGGCGGCCGCUGAAUCCCCUCUCCCCUAUGCUUUGGGUAGAAUUUUAUUUCACGCUUUGUAAGGAACAGAGGUUGGUUCCGGCCUCAGUGAGGUACUUUCCUCAGUGUGUGUAGGAGCAUUGCCCGCCGCUCGUCGACCUCACUCGGUCAGGGGCGCCGAGAAGGAGACGGUGGGGAAGGUGCGGGGCAGCGGCGGCUCGGCUUCCCUUGCCGGGGCUGGUGGGGGGCGGGGGUGUCCCUCUUGACCUCCGGGUGGGCGGUGGGGCGUUAGCCGUUCCUAUAUGGUGGGCUAGGGGAGAUCAGAUGGUUUCCGAGGAGCGCGCCUUCAUCCCAGGGUAAAAGCUGGAGCCCUCUCAAACCUCUUCAGACUCAGAGAAUUUUGGACCCCACGUUUCCUUUUUCUGUCAGGCCCAGAUGGGUGAGUGUAAACCCACCAAAGAAAUGCAGUGGCUUGUGGGUCCCCUCCUCUUUCUCGCCAUCCCCACCUUUGGCCACCCUAUGGAAUGGCCUUUCUGACCAGGGCAUUUAGCAUCUCACCAGAAAACCAGAACUGUAUUCACCCGUUGCUAACGGGCGGAAUUCGCCUAGGGCCUAACUCUGGAACACAGGUGUAAGGAACACGGCAGGGGACAAGGAAGCCCAGUCACUUCAGAUGUAAGGUGCUUCUCACUCUCGUGUACUCUCGGCCCCUACUGUUCACCCAGAACCUUUUCAGUGGCUCUUCUUAGGCCCUGGGCCUCCUCACCAGCCUACCUGUCCUGAAAAAAAAAAAUCAAAACUUGCCCUGGGGGUUGGGGGGCACUGUUGCAUCUUCACUCCCUACCGCCCCCCCCCCCGCCCCAACCGCCCGCUCGCGCGAAUAAUCGAAUAAUCGAGCGCGCGCACACACUCGCGCGCGUUUGGCCUGCUCUAGGGAGAGGGAGCAACACGUGGGAAAGAAGCCUGGAGAUGGGGAACCCAGCUUGCCUGGUGCAUGCACCUUCUUCCUUCAUCCAUCACCCCAAAGAGGAGUAGGAAACCUUUGCCUGGGGGUGGAAUUUGCUUUGGUCUCGUAAUUUAAUUAACUUGAGGUUACCAGGGAUGGCUGACCAACAAAGAUUUUUUUAAAACUCUACGUUGGCCAUGCAGAUAGCUGGGAUUCUAGCUGGGGAGGAGUAGACUUGCCCGCUUGCAUGCCUCCUCUCCUGCCCUUGUGUCCCCUCUGCCCCAUGCUCACUUCCUGCCUCCUUGCUCUAACCCACUUUCCAUUUCCAAAUCUAGAAGGGCAGGGAAACCAACAAACGGGUUACAACUGGAAUUUACCUGCAUGACUGAACCCAGCUGAAGCUCUGACAGGAAGCUGUUGAUGGUAUUCUCACCUUACAAGGUUGGGGAAAUUUCGGAGGGGGGAAAGGGCUUCUGUGAAGUUUCCAAACUACUAAUAGGAUCCCCCUUCCCAACAGUGAGGAACACAAAUACCACCCUUUAUCUUAGUGAGUUGAUACCACCAAGCAGCCUCCUGGCCAUUGGUGUAGUUCCUGCAGCUGGCUGGGGGAACAGGGACCAGCAGGGAGUAUUUUAGAAGAGGAUUAGGGCAGGGCAGUGGGCACCCCUAAAAGUUAAUAUAUUGAGAACGUAGCUAGAGUCUGUUCCUUUCCAAUUCCAAAAGUAGGAGGAGUAGAGCAUGAGGGUGGAUUUGGGGGGCCUUUAGUGGAAUGCCUCUCUCAGGGCCUACCCCAUCAUUUUAGAGAGUCAAGGCACCAGCCAUUCUUGCCAGUCUCAGCUCAGUGCUUCCUGAAGAGGCAGUUUGGAGUGUUUAGAAGAUGAAAAAAGGCGAUUAUGCCAAACAGUAUUGAGCAGAAUAAUUUAUUUCUUCUCUGUUCCUUUUUCUUUUUGUUUUGUUUUGUUUAAAACGUUAAUAAAUCCCCUUUCUGGAAGAGGUAGGUCCCAGCAUCCAGCCCAGAUCUCCUUUUCUGCAAUAGUUAUUUAAACAAAUGUUUUUUAUUUUCUUCCCUUUCUCUCUCUUUCUGAAUUAAAAAGAACAAAAGAACUAUAUAGUCAUUUGUCUAUUUGAAAUGGGUAUGGUUGUGAAAAGAAGAAAUCUCUGUCAGCCGGGAGCUAUGACCAAGUAAUGACUAAGAACAUUGGGUGGAAGGUUCGAAGGAGAAAAGAGCAUGACUCCAAACACCUGCCCCCGUAUACACGAGGCCUCCCAACCCAGUCCACCAGCAGUGCCCUCUGAAAUAGUGGUUCUUUACCACUGUCCUUUGGGACACGUGAGUGGUUCAGCAGGGCAGAGACUGUCCAUUGCCAGGGGCCCCACAGCAUGCAGAUCCAGCAGGCACCAGGAUGGGGUUUCCCACAACAUUUCCAGGUUCUGCAGAACUCCCGGUGAUGCUGUAGGUGUGGGUUGGCAGGAAAUUGACAGAAUGGGAGAAGCAGGUUGCACAGGCAUCCGAGGCACUUCCUUGGACCAUCUGGACCCCUAGGGUCUACUUUGUGCAAUGGAAUGCCACCAAACAUCCAAUUUUAUAGUUCAAUGGACCAACUACUAUGGAUCUCACAACAGACAGCUGUGAGUCUAAAGUCACUUGGUGUCCUGCAAUUCACUUUCUGCCUGUGCCCAAGAGCAAUCCAGGAGUUGCUUUUCACUUGGAGAAUAACUUUUGGUAGAGGAGCAUAUUGGUAUUUUUCUAAAACCCUAGAACAGGGGCUAUAGUUCUCUUACUUGGAGUUGUCAGAGACUCCUUCCAUCUUUCUCUCUCUACCACAGACACUCUGUUAGCAUUUGGUUGCCUGGGUCCUAAAGCCUGGUGGCAGGACAGUGUACGCAUAGGCUAGACUUCUGAGAACCAUUUCUUGUUUGGGUCCCACUCAACUCAAAGCCAGCUGCCUUACAGGUCACUAAUUGGUUGGAGCAGCACUCCCCAAUGUUGUACCUGUUGCCUCCACAAUCAAGAGUUCCACCAAAUUGUGUAUCUUUUUUUUUUUUUAAUGUUGGCCAAGGGCUGUGUUGCUUUGAUCCCACAAAGAUAUCAUAUCUAGAACAACAGGUCAGCAUUACCAUUCGAUUGCAUUUGCAAUAAACUGUCAGUUUUUAAGAGUCAAAUGGUGAGUAAAUGGGAUGAGGAAAAAAUCACCCACCCCUGUAUAACUGAAGUUUGAUGGCAGCACCAAUUUCUGUAGAUGCUGUUAGAGUGUGGUGUUGACUUUUUUUUUUUUUUCCACUUACUACUUUGGACAUGGUCCCAGGGACUUCUGUUUGGUCCAUCUAUCGUAGUCACCCCCAUUCCAUGGGUAAGGUUGUCAAUCUGGGGAUUUCGCCAGGUAGUAAAUGUCUCUUCCCUUUUGGGACAGGAAAUUCCAGGCAUGACUAAUAUUUUUGCAGUUUGCUUUAUUGCCCUUUGCAGAUACUGAGUUUUUUUACAAGUUGAAGGUUUGUGGCAACCGUGCAAUGAGCAGGUCUAUCAGCACCAUUUUUCCAACAGUAUUUGCUCACCUUGUGUCUGUGUCACAUUUUAGUAAUUCUCACAAUAUUUCAAACUUUUUCAUUACUAUAUUUGAUAUAGUGAUCUGUGAUCAAUGGUUACAACUUGCUGAAAACUCAGAAGAUGGUUAGCAUUUUUGAGCAAUAAAUUGUUUGUUUUUAAUUUUUUUUUAAAUUUAUUUUUGAAAGAGACUGAGUAUGGGGUGCCUGGGUGGCUCAGGUGGUUAUGCAUCCGGCUUCAGCUCAGGUCAUGAUCUCACGGUUCGUGGGUUCAAGCCCCGCGUCGGGCUCUGUGCUGACAGCUCAGAGCCUGGAGCCCACUUCAGAUUCUGUGUCUCCCUCUCUCUCUGCUCCUCCCCCACUCAGGUUCUGUUUCUCUGUCUCUCAAAACUAAAACAUUAAAAAAAAAUUAAAAAAAAAAAAAAAGAAAGAAAGAGACUGAGUGUGAGUGGGGGAGGGACAGAGAAAGAAGAAGACAAUCCAAAGCAGGCUCCAGACUCUGAGCUGUCAGCACAGAGCCCAACACGGGGCUUGAACCCACAAACUGUGAGAUCAUGACCUAAGCCGAAGUCGGAGGCAGUUGGCUUAACCAUCUGAGCCACCCAGGCGCGCCAGGGCAUAAACAUUUUUAUACAUAAUGCUGUUGCACACUUAAUAGGCUACAGUAUAGUGUAAACAUAACUUUUAUAUAUACCAGGAAACCAAAAAAUUCAUUACACUCGCUUCAUUGUGAUACUUACUUUAUUGCUGCAGUCUGUGACCCAACCUGCAAUCUCUCAGAGGUAUGCCUGUACCUUAAAAUGGGUCUGUGGUCUUAUUGGACCCACCAUUAAAUGAACUUGGAUCAGAGCUCCAUCUAUCAUUUGCCAUAAUAAGCCUGACUCUAACUGGUGGGCCGUUUUGGUUGGAUGUGAGAGCUUGUAUCUGAUAACUCCUGAAGCUCUGGGUAUUUCCCUUUCCCUAGUGCACUGUCACUUUGGGAAGUAGGUCCCUCAGGAAAGACAUGGGGGAAGAUUCAGGUUCCACACCUGACCUAUGUCAGAGAGUCACUCCUCAAAGGACCCUGGAAUCCUCUUGAAAAAGAGGCUCCAUGUGUGACCUGAAUUAGGUCUGGGAACUGGGUGAGAAGCUGUGAAUCCCCAUUCUGUGACCCAGGCUCCUCAGCAAUCUUUGAAUUUCUGCUUCCAUGCAUGUUAAGCAGAACCUUAGUAGCCUGCUUGGCAUCUAAUUCCUAGAGAUCCUAAUGGUCCAUUAACUAUUGUCCCAAAUCCUUGUAGGUCAGCUUUGCGCAGUGGCAGUAUCGUAGCCAAUGAGGUUUAUCCGAGGCGCGAUUAUUGCUAAUUGAAAACUUUUCCCAAAUCCUUGUAGGUCAGAACUCUAAUUAUCAUCCUGUGGUCUGUUGUGGUAAUGUGCCCACCACCACAAGUAGUAGGCACGUCUUUUUGGACUUUAUCAUGUUGGGAUCACAUCAUUCUGACUUACACAUGACAGCCAACAGAGUUCAUCAAAGAUGGCACACCAAUCACUAAUGCAUUUUUUAAUUUUUUAAAACAUUUUUGCUGUGGGAUAUAAUCUAUAUGCAGAAAAGAGCAUAAAGAUCAAUGUACUAAAAUAGAUAAUUUCAUGAAUUAUUUUUUUAAAGCUCCUAAUGGGGGUUUAUUUGGCAAAUUUUAUAGAUAAAUAGAUAACAUUUCUAUGGUAAAGAAAAGCAACUUCCACUGCCAUUUCAUUAUCAAAAUGGACUGGGGAAAAGGAGAAGAGAGGUGGUUGAACAUGUUAUUUGGAAGAAUUAGAAAAACUAGAAUGUUGUAUAUUUUUCCAGCUUCAAUGAGAUAUAACUGACAUAUAACAUUGUGUAAGUGUAUAAGGUAUACAACAUCGUGCUUUUAUAUGUGUAUAUUUUCCAAAAUGAUUACCACAAUAAGGUUAACACAUCAAUCAUCUCAUAUAAUUAACAUUUUGUGUGUGUGUGGUGAGAACUUUUAAAAUCUCUCUUAGCAACUUUCAAAUAUACAAUACAAUAUUGUUAACUAUAGUCACCAUGCUGUACGUUACAUCCCCACAACUUAUUUAUCUUAUAACUAGAAGUUCGUAGCUUUGACCACCUUCACCCCACCACCUCCUCCCCCUGGCAACCACCAAUCUGUUUCUAUGAGUUUGUUUUUUUU